CGCUGAUGAGGAGCGGGGCGGGGGUGCGCUGCCCUCCGCCUCGAAAGGAGUAGAUAGGCGCAGAUAAGGGCGCGCUAUCACCAGAGGGGGAAGGAGCGUGUGUUUUUCCUCUCUCCGCCUUGACGAGACGGGCAGGCUUUUUCUUUCCCCCGACACGGUGGGAAGGGGAAGGACGGAGGAGUAUGGUACCAUCACGUGAGCAGAAGGCGGAAGAAGCCUCGGCUCUCUCCGCCUCUUCAGUUUCAUGGUUGGGAAAGCGGGCCCAGAAGUAGUGGAAGUCGCCCCGCAAAGGAAGGGGAUAUGGCGGGGAUCAAAGCUCUGGUUGGCUUAUCAUUCACUGGAGUAAUUGGUCUGACAUUUCUCAUGCUGGGUUGUGCCUUAGAACAUUAUGGUGUGUAUUGGCCACUUUUUGUUUUGAUAUUUUACGCCAUGUGUCCUAUUCCUCACUUGAUUGCAAAAAGAGUAAGCGAUGAUACAGAUGCUGCAAGCAGUGCAUGCGUGGAGUUGGCAUAUUUUUUCACAACUGGAAUUGUCGUUUCUGCAUUUGGAUUUCCUAUGAUUCUUGCUCGUGUUAAAGUGAUCGCAUGGGGAGCUUGUGGUCUUGUCCUAGCUGGCAAUGCAGUAAUUUUCCUGACUAUUUUAGGUUUUUUUGUUCUGUUUGGUAGAGGAGAUGACUUUAACUGGGAACAGUGGUAGACUUCACUGUGAUAUAGCGCUUCACUAUAUAGCUUAUAUGGAAACUGACUGUAACAUGGAACCUUUUGUGUUUGUGUGUAUAUAUACCAUGUAUAUAUGUGCAUGUUCUGACUUAUAUGAUGCUCUGUAGCCUUAUAUACUAGACAUUCUGCAUAUUGAAUGUAAUUUUUAAUAUAGGUGUUAGCCUAACACAGGGGAAGCUAAUUACAUUUUAAAUUGUAGUACUUUAAAUUGCACUCUGAAUAUUUGGCUAGUGCCAAGUGAAAAAUUGUAUCCAUGAGUCUUUGCAGAUGGUGGCUUACUCCAACACUAUAGCUGGUUCUUAUGGGUGCUUUUGUGGAGGGUCCAGAUAAUAUUAUGGAUAUUGAAGAAUAAUUUUGCUCCAUGAUCUGCUUGACAAUCUGUGAAACACCAAAGUCUUUUCAUUACUACAUUUAUCCUAACUUGGUCAUGGAAGGGGAAUACUCUGCACAAGGAUGAAAAAAUGAAGACAGACUGUAGCACAACCUGUAGAGGAGUGGUUAUCUGAAUAGGUGGUGACAUAUGGGAGGGCUGGCUCCCAAGAGUUCCCUGCAUGCCUGUCACAGACCCCACCAUGCUGUUACAACAUGUCACAGCCCGGUUUCAACCAGCCCUGUGAUCCUAAACUUCUGCACUGCCACCAAGUAGACUUUUAUGGUCUAUACCCCACCACUACCACCACCACACACACACACCACCCCCUUAGGCUGUGUCUACUAAAACAGCCUUCCAAACCUCUGUCUUAUUAAAAGUUAGGUAUGGUGGAAAGGCUUCUAAGCAUGGCGUGGGGAAACAGACAGUAGCCACACAUUUUUAACUUCAAAACAAGAAAACUUUAUUUUAAAAUAGUUCAAUUCAGUAUACAAUAGUUAUUGUGCAAAACAGCAACCAAAUGAGCACAAAGAAGAACAGGGGCGUAGCAAUGCUGGAGUGGGCCCAGAUACACUAUUUUAAAAUGGGCCCCUCGCUGACACACACACACACACUCUUCACAAUAUAUAGUCAUGUGACUUGCCUCUGGGGGGCCCCUUGAGGCAUGGGGGCCCCCAGGCAGCCACCUCCCCUUGCCUAAUAGUAGUUAUGCCCCUGAAGAAGAAAUAAAAUAAAAUAUGCACAAAAGUCUAGCUUGUCCCUUGCUCAGCUUCAGGUCCUGCUCUUCCUUUCCAAUUCUGUGGGUUCAGUCCCAGACUGUUUCUUCAGCUACUUUAGGAGUGAUUUGGUCCUCCAAAGAGUCACAACUCUCCCAGUGAUUUCUCAGUUCUCUUUCCAGCACCAAUUCUGAUUAUCUGUGACAGCAACUCCUUCUCUUGAACUCUCUUCAGCUCUCCAACUUCUCUUGAGCUCAACUUCAGCUCUCACUGCACUAAAUCUGCUGAAGGCAGUCUCCUUAUAUUCUCUUUUUUUCAAACAAACCAAUAAACACAACUCAAAUGCCCUCCAUUAUUUUAAAACAUACCAAAUCAAAUCAAACCCUCUCUUCCCUCCAAAAUCAAACAAGUAAAACACUUCUCCCUCCAAAACCAAAUUGUAGAACAGGGGCUGUGAACUUUUGAGCCCUACUCAGCUUUUUAACACAGGGAGUAAGCAAAGCAAUUGCAGUACAGAAAUCUUAUAUACAAAAAAGAGGAGGUUCAGACCUCACAAUGCCCCUUCACUUUCACACUGACCUCACUUCCAGUUCUCACCUUGUGAGGUCUUUAUUUUUUUCACAGUGGUUGAUUGGGUGAUAUUACUGUCUUUUGCCCCCCCUUUUAAAAUUAAAUUUUUAAAUGUAUGUGUUAUGAUCUGUGGUUACAACAAUAACAUUACUUAUUAGCUUUUUUGCAGGGUGGGGGAAAGUGCAAUUUUGCUCUUAUUAUUCAGCCCUUAGGAAAAGAAGCCUUCUCCCACUCCUCCAUCUCUCUUUUUCUCUCUCUGUGGUCCUCCAAAUGAUUGUUGUGUACCUCAUUCAAUGCUGCAGAGAAUGGGGAGCUACUCUAAACACCAAAUAUUCCCCCUUUAUAUUUACAUUUUUAAAAAAGCAAUAUUUAUGCUAAUUCUUCUUGCCUUCUCACCCAUAAUCAAAAUAGCAGCAAUUUAACAUCAAAAAACACAGAAAGGAUGCAGUUAUGUUCCCAGCAGCAGCAUAGAUGCAUGUUUACUUGGAAAUAAGUCCAACUAAGUGCAGUGAUUUAUUCCCAGGAAAGUAUGUAUUGGAUUGCACCCAGUUCUUUAAAAGGAGACAAUUGGACAGGAAAGGAACAAUUCAGUGGGAUUUCAGGAAGUGAACAAUUCAGUGGGAUGUUCAGGUAGGAUUUAUUAAAAGAGUGGCAAUGAAAACCAAAGAACAGGGAAACACUGAAAACCAUGUUCAAACAAGGUUUCUUUCAUUCCAAGUUCCAUGGGAGUCUUGACAGAAGUGGAGCGAGGAAUGCUGUAGAAAUUUGGUAAGCCAGAAGUGUGAUAAACUGGAAGUGUAGUGUGCAACCCCAAAAUUUAAAUUCUUUAAAACAAAAACAAAAGAACAGUAGAAGGAACCCAAACCUGCAUUGUUUCUCAAUGCACUGCACUCUGGUGUGGACAAAAAGUAGUGGGAUGACCUAGUGCAAGAAUUGCUUGGUAUAGACCAUCACUCCACAUGCACUUCAUUGCAUAAGACCAGAGAAGCUCACUUAGAAGAGCCCUCUGUCCGGAAUUACCACAAUUUGGAAACCUGUGCAUUAUUGGAAUACUGAAUUUUUAUAUUGCUAGUUUUAUUUUUAUGGCUUAUCAGCAUCUGAUAUAUUAGUUUCCUCUUUAAAAUGUCCUUUCUGCUAAAAUCAUGCAUCUUCGCCAUCACCACCUUUAUAUAUAUUUUUCUAAGGCAUAUCCAUGGCUAAUCCCAUGCAUGGCAGCUCUCGCAAGAGUUCGGAGAGCUGCUGGGUAGCCACAGGACGGGUGGGAGAAAGAAAAUGGCAGUGGCAGCCAACCAGUCAGCGGGCGGGAGGGGAAACAAGAAGAUGGCAGG